UUAUCUGACUUCUAUAUGGCAUGGCUGAUGGCAACGAGUGAGGUACAGAAAGUUCGCGAAAACUCUUUCAGUACCCAUUUACUUCGCUCGUUGAAAAAUAGAUUGAACGUUUUGCGCCAAUUGAAGGCGGUCCAGAUGGCAUUAUACCUGGAUUCAAGGUUCAACUAUCGAGGCUCUAAAAUAUUCACGGCUGAGGAAAAAGAUAAAAUUCAGCAAUACAUAGUCGAUACAUGGGAACGUAUCUGCCAACUGGGUAAAACACCGGCUAGUACAAGUAGAGAAUCGUCAGAGUCUACCGAUGAUUUUGAUCAGUAUCUUACGCAAAUGUUUGGUGAAUCCGUGGAUCUUGGUUGCGAGACCGGGUUUCUUCAACAACUUAAGUCUUUGGACCUAGAGCCACGCCAAAAACAUAACUACAACGUGUGGGACUAUUGGUUGCGCCGUAAGACUACGCACCCAGAGAUAUACGCAGUAGCAAUGGUUGUACUAUCCACACCAUCGAACCAAGUCUCUGUUUAACGGUCUUUCAGUGCCCUUGCCUUGGUUCUCUCUAAUAAACGCACUGGCCUUGGGAAAGAUACGUUGGAAAACAUUUUACUUAUUAAAUUAAACAAAAAGUUGUUCCCCAGGGCGCUGGCAACAGCAUAUAAUUGGAAGGGUCCAAUCGACCCGGUUGACGAUGA